GUCCUGCUGCCGUGGCCAUAAACACAGCUGUUCGGAGUUGCGUUUGCACGUGGCAGCAUGGUCUGUGCCAGAGUACCACCAAGAACUGGACGUUGAGGUAGCAAGUGGUCUCGCUGGAACACCACGCUGUUUGGGCGACGAUUUGUACCGUGACUAUUUCGAGGAUGUGCGACGACAUGCACACGGCCUGCAGGGUGGCAUCUUGGGCAGUCGCACGGAAAAGCUUGUGGCCAACUUGGCACCAUCCCUGAUGUCCAGCUGUCCCGAAGUCUCUUUGCUAGGUCGACUAGUGGUGGUGGAGAGGAUCUGCCAGAGCUUGUUGCAGAACCCCCUGUCGCCUGAAGCCCUUGACAGGCAACAAAUUCUCCGACAAGAUGUGCAAGACAUUGUGCCCAAUCUCGAGGCGAACUUGCAUGUGGGCUACUUGACGCUGGUCCCCAUGAGGAUCGUCACGGAACUUCUCAGGGGAGCUUGUGGCAAGAUGAUCCAGGCAGAGCAUGAAGCACCAGAGAACAUGCACGGGGUUGGGGAGCCUGGAAGUGAGGUCAUCCUUGAGGUCUUGGAGCCCAACUACCGUUGGCCAUCUCCGCAGUUGGCGGGAAAAAGUUUGAAGGAGCAAGGCAUCCACUGCCACGAGGGCGAGAAGCUGAUGGUGGGCGAAGCUCUCCAAGAUGGCCUUGGAUUUGACCCGCAGAUUCUGUUCUUUGCGGAUUUGAAUCAUCCGAUGCCACAUGACGGGCUGCUCAGCAACUUGCAGUUCCCCUUCGUGACUGAGAACCAAGUGCAGGAGGUCCGGCUGGACAUCAUCCUGCUGCGGCCGCUGGUGGGCACCGACAACCGCUGGAGCCGCCGUGGCACCCUGGUCUUCGUGGGCCAAGCGCUGGGCGAGGAGCUGCAUGUUUGGCGUGGGGAUGUCUUGGCUUUCGCUGGCACCGGCGCUCGGAUGCUGUAUCGCAAUUGUUCAGAACGCUGCCGCGUGGCCUCCCUUCCGAUGCUGCAGUCCUCACAUUUCCAGGAAGUGCACCGGCAGAACACCUUGGAACUUGGUGCCACGCUGUUUCGCGAGUACAGCUGGUCGGCUGAGUUGAUCCCCACCCGUUGUCGGGCCAGCAGUUGGAGCGCUCCCCAUGCGCCCCUGCCACCACUCCACCGCCGCGCGGCACCGCGGCGCAGCAUGGCGCACUGCAGUGGAAGGAGCUGGGGGCAGAGGAGCUGCCGCUUCCAAAACCUGUGCUAUGACGUCGCCAGGGAGACCUUUGAGUUCUAUGGCAACCCUUCCAACAGUGACGAUUACCUUGUUGGCCUCUCCAUGUUCAGCGACGUUCGUAUGAGCUGGAAGCCAGAUGUGCUGGAGGCCUCAGACUCAAAAUCAGCAUCCUGGGUCGACGUGCCGGUGUAUUUGGCCAUGAGGCACUUGGAGGAGCUACAGAAAUGGACGACUCUGGGUCUCUACGCCUUGAUCAUGUCUAAUGAGGACCUUCGAGAAGUUCAUGGGCAGCGCUUGGUUUUCUUCUUGGAUGAAUGCUCUCUGGAGCUUCAGGGAGAUGCCAUCGAGUUUUGCAUGCAAUUUGUGCCGAAUCCCACCAUGUGCAUCAAGGAGAUACCAGAGCUGUGUGCCAAAUUCACUGAGCAGCUUUGGCCGUUGCUUUCCGACUGGGCUCCCCUGGAGAAAGCCCAGGUGGCUGAACGGGCACCCAGCACUAGGAUCCUGUGCUUUCGCUCUCUUGUGGCCGGCAUGGCACCCUGGCGACGCCCAGUGCAAGUGGAGGACUCCCAAGGUAUGCCUCUGGCCCAACAGGAAUGGGCUGCAGAUCCCCUGUUUGCGCCAGUUUCUCUAGUUGCAUCCAAAGGGCUGCCAGGAGGAUUACCGUCACCUGGACAUGAUCCCUUGAUGGCCUCACCCUGCCUUCCGAAUGAGGUCAUUCGGCAGUUCCAGGCUGGGUCCAUCGUGUUGUCCUGUCCACUGUUGUGA